CCCCUCUCCUCUUUCCCCGUUGGUGGCGGCGGCGCAAAACCCUCUCCUCUUUCUCAGGCGGCGAAGGCCAGACGUAGGGCGGCGGAUACAGUGCCGUCACCGGGAAGAGGCGGCGGGCGGCGGGCGGCGGGCGGCGCAAACCCGGGCGGCCAAGAUCACGACGUAGGACGACAGCGGCACAAAACUCGAGCAGCGAAGGGCCGACGUAGGGCGGCGGAUACAGCGCCGUCGCCGGGCAGCGGCGGCGGGACAAGAGAGGAGGAGAUCCCCACAGCGGCGCAGAUCUUGGCAUGGCGGCACCACCUCCGCCGCCGCCACUCCGUUCACCUCGCCAGCAUUCCUUGGAGGCAGGUUUAUUUAAUUUGUUUUUACGUAAUACUAAUAAUAUUUAUGGUAUACCGAUCUGAUUAAUAUAUUUUCUAGAAUCAUCCGGAGAAGGAAAUACGCGAGGAAUCAAAUCAAUUUCCAGGCCCUGUUUGGUUAAUCCCCUCACCAAAGGGAUUGAGUGGGAUUGAAGAGGUUUGAGAGGAUUUUGACUUGCAAGGGAUUUAAUCCCUUUCAAUCCCUUCCAAACCUCUCCAAAUCCUGCCUAACCGAACAAGCCCUAAUGCGAUGUGCAAAUCCACCCGUAUCUUUUAAGCAGAGAUACGGGUAUGCCCCUUUGGGAAAGCAAUAUUUUCUGCACAUCUGUGCGGAAGUUGUGUCGCAGAUUGUUGUGCUCGCUCAGUGAGACUGCACUUCAGGAUGUCCGUGUCAUCAUCUUUGACGUGAGAGGCGGAGGGCAAGCAUUGCGUUCUAUGGUCAAUAGAAGGACGACCCGUCACCGUGUCCUGGCUCUGCUGGUGUACAUGGGUGUACCGGUCACCCCGGCUCCCAAUCCCUUCAACCGACCUUCCCCGGGCCAUAGCUAUCAUAUCAUCCGGUUGAUAGACCCUUACCAGCCGCGGCUGCAAGUGGAUUUGCUGAUUAGAGAUACUGACUUAUACCUUGUCGCAUUUCGCCGUUCACUCGAUGGCAAUUGGGGCAUUUGGUAUAGAUUCAGUGAUCAACAAGUCCCUAGCUUUAUUGUUGCUCUUGAUUUGGGUUUCACUUCCAACUAUUCUCGUGAUCCUCGCAGCAUUCCGACAGUAGGUGGUCCCGAGGACAUGGUUUUUAUCUUCAACACCUUGGCACGCCAUGAGGACAGGUUGAGGUUGAUUCCUGCAGUCCAGAGAACUCUGCACAUUGCUACAGUCCGGAGAGCUGUGCAGAAUGCUGCAGUGGUUUUCUGCGAGGUUAUGAGAUUCAUUGCUGUUUUGCUCGAGAUGGUCCGUAGACUGGAAGCAGGGGAGGCCGCCUCUGUGUUGCCUGGGGAGAUGUGGAAUAUGAUUACCUCGUGGCAUGUGGAUUGUCAGUUUAUCCUUGACAUGAGGAGGCGGUUGGCGUUACCCGCACAUCACUGGGAAAGCCAUGUUAGUGAGGAUGAAAGACAGAGAUUCGAUCAGCUGAUCAACCGUGUGAGUGUCAUCAUCUACAUUCCAGAGUUUUUCACUUCUGAUACACGGCGGCUGACUCGACGGCAGGAGAAUGAGAUGCGCAAUAUCCAGGAUCCAGGUUUUCCCGUUGCAGAUGCUUAGAGCCUGUUUGACAGCUCUCCGCUUCUGGAGCGGCCAGAGCAUCACCAAACAAGUCAGCUCCACGCUUUCCUCGUCCCGGAGCGGAGCGGUCCGCAGGCCAUUUUCUUGGAGUCCCCAAAGUGUCGCUCCAUGCGCUCCCGUAUUUCGCGGAGCUGGUGAAUUGCCGAACAGGCUCUUAGUGUCAUAUCAAGCUGUUCCAAGUCCUUGAUAUCAAGCUGUUCCAGGUCCUCGAGGGAGUGUCAUAUCAAGCUGUUCCAGGUCCUUGAGGGCUAUGCUGAUCCUAGCGCUAGCACUGCUGCCUAUAAGUAAGUUUGUGUUGUAUUUGCAACUGCUGUUACUAUUAGCAUAGACCAUAUAGGGUGUGGUGUCCCGUGACAUCUUUGUGCUAGGGGUAUUAUGUCUUCUGCUAGUUGAUGUAGUCGCUGAGUUGCGUCUGGUCUUGAUGAUGGAAGAUGAUGGAACGUUUGGGAUAUUCUCCGCUUAAUCCACUUGCAGUAUCUGUAUAUAUCUGUAAAUAAGCUGGAGAUGAUGUCCAUACAAACACCUUUAGUGAGAAGCUUGCAGCAUCUGCAUGUCAUUUUAAUUGUUAUUGUGAUUGUUAUCCUUUCGUGAGAGGAAUAAAUGUGCAGUAUUCUGGCUA